AUGGAUUCUGAUGCGAGGAGGAAGAUGACCACCACUCAGGGUUCGUCCCCUUCUCCGAAGCCAUCCAAGUUCUCUGUGUACCGGAACCCUGCUCUCGCCGCCGCUUCCACCGCCAAUAGCCUCCGUCCCUCUAAAUCCGUCCUUUUAUUCAUAUUCUUUCUCUCUACCGCUUCCGCUUUCUCUCUCAUUUCCUUCAUGGCUGGGGAGAAAUGGUUGACCAAUGCUUUAACAUUCGGGAAAAUAUCCCAAGAGGCAGCUUAUGUCACUGUAAAGGCGUGGCAGGGGCUGGUGACUUUGUUUUGUGUUGGAGCAAUGAUGGCUUUGUCCAAAGGCAUAUCUCUGCACAGAGCAACGUUUGCUACUCGAGGAGAAACUAAAUCUUUCUCUACAGAAACCAAAGAUCAGUUCUCUUUAUCGAAUCGCCAGCUUGAACUUCUUGGGAUAAAGAAAAAAGCUGAUCUGGGUGUGUCAGAAUCUCCAAAGAGUCGUUCCGCGUCAAAACCUUCACAGUCGUUGGAGCCGCUUGUCCCAAUACAUCAAACUCUUACGGGCUCAGCGAAUAAGUCUUCUAGUGGUGGUGAUAAACUGAACUCCCGUAGUGGGAGUCAGAUUAGUCCAUUUAGUACUCCAUCCAAGCAAAUGGGUUCACCAUCUUUGUAUCUUGUCCCUUCUAAUUCACCAGUUUCUUCUAACCGUGCUUCGUCUGGUCAGGAUAAGGCUGUUUCUAGUCCUUGGUCUGGUAGGCGAAGUUCUGCAAAAGACAUUGCUACAGAAGAGCAGCUUGAGCAGCUUUUGGCAGAUAUAGAUGAAAAAAUCACAGAGUCAGCUGGGAAAAUGAUGACGCCUCCCCCGACAGUUGGGAGUUUUGCCAUGGCUAGUCCGAAUACAGUUGGUGGCUCCACUGGUGCAUCUGGGACUACUAGGAGUACACCACUAAGACCUGUCAGGAUGUCUCCUAGUGCUCAGAAGUUUACGACUCCCCCAAAGAAAGGAGAAGGUGAUUUCCCCAACCCAAUGUCCUUAGAAGCGGCUAUCGAAGGUUUUGGGCACCUAGGUGUUUAUCCUCAGAUAGAAUACUGGCGUGACAAACUAAGGCAAUGGUGUUCCUCAGUUUUGCUCAAACCUCUGCUUAACAAGGUUGAAACCAGCCAUAUUCAGGUAAUGCAAACAGCAUCGAAGCUAGGAGUUAAUGUCACAGUAAGUCAAGUUGGAAGUGAUCUGCCAACAAAUGGGACAGCUACGUCUACCUUACCAGUUGAUCGAACAAAGGCGUGGCAGCCAUCUUACUCUCUCGAUGAAGAUGCACUUCUUUAUCAACUGCGCGCUACCCUUGUACAAGCUAUUGAUGCUUCCAUGCAAAAGCUUCGCACAGAGAACCAACAAUUCCAGCAACAACAACAGCAGCAGCAAGCGGCGCUAAUCCCCGUCAUGCAGGAAUGUGUUGAUGCUAUAAGCGAACAUCAGAGGCUUCAGGGCUUAAUGAAAGGAGAAUGGGUCAAGGGUCUACUUCCGCGCAGCAGUAUUCCAGCAGAUUACACCGUGCAAAGAAUCCGAGAGCUCGCGGAAGGGACUUGUGUGAAGAACUAUGAAUACAACGGAAGGGCAGAUACUCGUGAGAGAAACAAGAAAUGGAGCCUGGAGCCUCCAACCGAUUCUCAUCUGCUUCUGUACUUGUUCUGCGCCUUCUUGGAACACCCAAAAUGGAUGUUACAUCUGGACCCCAGCUCUUAUACAGGGACUCAGGCGAGCAGGAAUCCGUUAUUCUUGGGGGUUUUGCCUCCGAAAGAGAGAUUCCCAGAGAAGUACAUUGCAGUGGUAUCAGGUGUACCUUCUACGCUCCAUCCUGGUGCAUGUGUGCUUGCUGUAGACAAGCAAAGUCCCCCAACGUUUGCCUUGUACUGGGAUAAGAAGGUGCAGUUUACUCUUCAGGGAAGAACAGCACUAUGGGACUCCAUGUUGCUGAUGUGCCACAGAAUCAAGGUGGGAUACGGAGGUGUUGUUCGUGGGAUGAAUCUCGGCUCAUCAGCCCUUAACAUCCUACAAGUUGUUGAUUCCGAAACUGACGAUUAG